AUAAUAUUAAAAGAAAAAACGCAAAUCGCAAGGCACACAAAAUGGGGCAAACAAUGCAACAAAAAAAAGUGCGGCUAAAUGGAAUGUAAAAGGAGAAAAAAUCAAGUGUACGGAUAGAAGGCGAAAAGUUUGCAACGUAUAAUUGAAUCAUAUCCUGUGGGUGAAUCCUUAAUGAGUAAACAAAGAAGAAGCACUCCGAAAAAUGACAGCAAUAAGUCAAAGCAAUAAAACACAGCGAGCGAGUAAGGGAGAGAGAAAGAGGAAAGCCUAAUAAAAGAGGAGAAAAGAAGUAAAAUCAUCGGGUCAAAGUUUUGUGCAACUUUUGGGCAAUAAGCAAAAGAAAUUAAAAAUUAAUUAACAAGAAAUACAUAAAUCGACAUAAAGAGGUAAAGGAGAAGAGGAAGAAGAAGAACUUAGCCCAUUAAGGUUCCCCCCCUCUCAUAAGGUUCCCCCAUUAAAUCAAUAAUAUUCGAUUCAGUAUUGCAUAUUGAAAUCUGUAGGCAACGUUGAAAGGAAUCCACAUACGUCCUUAGCCAGUCUCCGGUAGGACACUGAAACAUUCCACCACACAGUAUGGCCUCGGUCGCCGCUUGGCUGCCUUUCGCCCGAGCGGCGGCCAUUGGUUGGGUGCCGAUAGCCACCCAUCCGCUGCCACCGCCACCCAUGCCCAAGGAUCGACGCAAAACGGACGAUGAGAAGCUAUUAAUUAAUGUAUCUGGUCGCCGUUUUGAGACAUGGCGUAAUACACUGGAAAAAUAUCCGGACACGUUGCUUGGCUCCAAUGAGCGCGAAUUCUUCUAUGAUGAGGAUUGCAAGGAGUAUUUCUUUGAUCGGGAUCCGGAUAUAUUUCGACAUAUACUCAAUUACUAUAGGACGGGCAAAUUGCAUUAUCCCAAACACGAAUGCUUGACCAGCUACGAUGAGGAGUUGGCCUUCUUUGGCAUUAUGCCCGAUGUGAUUGGCGAUUGUUGUUACGAGGACUAUCGCGAUAGGAAACGAGAGAAUGCGGAACGUCUAAUGGAUGAUAAACUCUCCGAGAACGGUGAUCAGAAUCUACAGCAAUUGACCAACAUACGCCAAAAGAUGUGGCGUGCCUUUGAGAAUCCGCAUACAUCGACAUCAGCAUUGGUAUUCUACUAUGUCACAGGGUUCUUCAUUGCCGUAUCCGUGAUGGCGAAUGUGGUCGAAACCGUUCCCUGUGGCCAACGUCCCGGCAGAGCUGGCAGUUUGCCGUGCGGUGAACGCUACAAAAUCGUAUUCUUUUGCCUGGACACAGCCUGUGUGAUGAUAUUCACAGCUGAAUAUCUGUUGCGUCUAUUUGCCGCACCCGAUCGUUGUAAAUUUGUACGCUCCGUGAUGAGCAUCAUCGAUGUUGUGGCAAUUAUGCCAUAUUACAUUGGCCUGGGCAUUACCGAUAACGAUGAUGUUAGCGGCGCCUUUGUCACACUGCGAGUAUUUCGCGUAUUUCGUAUUUUUAAAUUCUCUCGGCAUUCUCAGGGUCUACGUAUCCUUGGCUACACCCUCAAAUCAUGCGCCAGCGAAUUGGGCUUUCUUGUGUUCUCGCUGGCCAUGGCCAUCAUUAUAUUUGCCACCGUCAUGUUCUAUGCCGAAAAGAAUGUGACUAGCACCAAUUUCACAUCGAUACCGGCUGCCUUCUGGUAUACCAUAGUGACCAUGACAACGCUGGGUUACGGUGACAUGGUCCCGGAGACAAUAGCUGGCAAAAUUGUGGGCGGUGUUUGCUCACUCAGCGGUGUGCUGGUCAUCGCCUUACCUGUACCUGUUAUUGUAUCGAACUUUAGUAGAAUUUAUCAUCAAAAUCAACGGGCGGAUAAGCGCAAGGCGCAGAGGAAAGCUCGCCUGGCCCGUAUACGCAUUGCGAAAGCUUCAUCGGGAGCGGCAUUUGUUAGCAAAAAGAAGGCAGCUGAAGCCCGAUGGGCUGCUCAGGAAUCUGGCAUUGAGCUGGAUGAUAAUUAUCGGGAUGAAGAUAUUUUUGAGUUGCAACAUCAUCAUUUGUUGCGAUGUCUUGAAAAGACAACGGAUCGCGAAUUUGUCGAAUUGGAAAUACCAUAUAAUGGCCAGCCAAAGCGACCGGGCUCGCCCUCGCCAAUGGCCAGUCCCGCCCAUUCGACAAAUAGUGCCGCAGGCCUCUUGCAAUCCUGUUGCGGACGGUGCUGUUCUCAGCGCUAUCAGGCCUGUGGAAAGUAUAUGCCAGCUGCCAGCAAUGCUCAAAAUAGCCAAAACAAUCAGCCCAUGGAUGGCACUUAUCUAGUGGAGGCCUCGUUCUGAGCCAGCAGCGGCAGCAGCAGCAACACCAAAAGAACGCGCAUCCAGAGAAGGAGGAGAAGGAGGAGGAGGAGGAUGAGUUGCAGCAGCAGCAGAAGCAGCGGCAGCUGUACCACCACCCCCGCCCCCGCUACCAAGCCGAGAUCAAGCAAAGAUGAAUGCUAAUGCUAAAUGCGAAUUUCAAUGAUUUAUGUUACGUUUAGAAGUCUAACUUAAAACAACUUUUAAAAUUACAAUGAAAGUUUUCAAUUUGUUGUAGUCAUUUUUGUCGAAUAGUAGCAAACAAAAUCCUCUAAACAAAAACAAAAAACCUAAACCACAAUAAGAAAACAAAUCAGAAGAAUGAAAUAUGCAACCAAUCCAAUUCACAAUCAAUCUAAUCUUCAAAAUCUGAUUUUCGAGUUUAACCACAAAAUCAGUUAAUCUACAAGAAAAACAAAAGUAAAAAAAACAAUGAGAAUAUUCGCAAAUUAAAUGUGUGUAAAAUGUAAAGAAGCACAUCAAGAACAAAAAAAAAAAAAAAAAAAUACUACAACAAAUUAACAAAAAUAAUAAUAAUACAGAUAAUAUAUAUGAAUAUAAUAUAAAACAAAAACAAAAAAAAAAACAACACAAAAUUGGAUUUGAUUAGCGAGGCCAUAUUAAUAAAUAAAACAACACAACAACAACAAACACUUGAAGUAAUACGAGUAUAUAAUGAAAUAAUACAUACAUAACAUAACAAGCAACACUAUUUACUUUAUAUAGGUGACAAGACAACAACAACAAAUGAAAAAAAACAAGAAAAACAACAAAAAAGCAUACAGAAACCAAAGCAUUUUAGAGGAAUUUACUAAAACCAAAAUGGAAAAUAAUAAUAAUAAUUAUAAUAAUAAUAAUAAAAGAAAAACAUAUAUUAAUAAAUGAAAGCAAACAGAA